CGUGACUCCUCCUAUCCGAGUCCCGACGCUAACGCGCUCAUCGCAUUGCUACAAUCAUCAUGCCACCCAAUAAACGGAUACGAACUGAGCCGAUUGUUCGAGUGAGGACCGGCUGUUACACCUGCAGACGGCGAAAGAAAAAGUGCGAUGAAGUUCGGCCAUCGUGUGGGGGAUGUGUGCGGAACAAGCUCAGUUGCGAGUGGCCGGCUAAUAUACCCGCCAGUUCCACAAGGUCAGAUGGCUUCAAUGCGAGAGUUCAACAAGCUACACAAGACCAACCGGACAGCCCAUCCACCAUACAAACGCAUCGCGAAUCGUCUGGCUCACCCUGUUCACCGUCUGGGUCAGCCGUGUCCCCAUCAGCGCUGUCGAACGGCUUCGACGCUGCAGAAGGCUUCUCACCCCCAGCUGAUGAACAAGAACUCGUUCCAAUGGGUUAUUCCCAUAAUACUCCACGAAAUUCUAUCUCCGGGCCAGAUCCGCCUACUUCAAUGACGAUUGGGAGCUUCAUGCCCCGGAGCCUUUCCAUGCUCCCCGGGUACAGCCAUGAAUCAUUCCAGCUGCUAAGCCAUUAUCUCGCAACAACCGCCAACGUGAUGGCUAAUGGAUCUACUCCCGUCAACCCUUUUCUAGUCCAAAUUGUUCCUCUGGCAUUCUCCAGUGAUCUAUUGCUCCAGCUGGUUCUAACGCAGAGCGCUGCGCAUCGAGCGUUUCGGUGUCGAAACGACUCUGACGAGGUGGCUCAGACUCAUUAUACCAAAGCUUUGCAACUUUUCCGCAAGGGCGUCACUGAGUUUAUUGAUGGGAAAGAGUCCAACCCAUUAAUGCUCACAGUUGGGGCUCUUGUGAUGUGUUUCACCGAGACAGCCAAGGGAGACAUGAACGGGACGAUAUUUGACCAUCUAUCAGCGGCAAACUCGUUAUUGACCCGACUCCUCUCACUAAGCGAUUCAGCAGUGCCGAAGGACCUUAAAGACUUUGUCAUCGAAUACUACGCCUACACUGCAGCCGUAAGCAUGAUCUCCAUAGAUGCGCGGGUCAGCCAUCAGUUACUACUAAACUUCGACCUAGAACAGAAGGCUCGGCAGUUGCUAGAGUCAGAGUACGUGGGAAACCUCUGUGGCUGCUGGUUAGAGCUAUUGCUCAUGAUACCGUGCAUCUUCGACUUGGGUCGCCAGUGGAUGAUGGUCGAUGGCCAAUCGGCUAUGCCAACUGCUGAUGAUAUUGCCAUGUUUGGGUCCUUGCAGGCCCAGAUCAUGCAAUGGAAUCCGUUCACAUUCGUUACUCCUGAGGUCUUUUUGGCUGGUCGGGUCUUCCAACAAGCUAUGCUUCUCUAUCUUUACACCUCACUGGGUUCGUUUUCACGGGCAGAGAACGGGAUGCACCAGGGUCUGAUCAACACUGCCAUAACGGAAGCGAUGUCCUAUCUGGACCAGCUAUCUGCGACCGCCCGCAUCAACUCCGGUCUCUGUUGGCCCAUUGCUGUGGUCGGGUCCUGUCUGUUUGAUGUAGACCAGCAGGAGCAGCUGCGACAGCGGUUGGCCGUCAUGGUCAACACAUUCGGUCUCGGCAACAUGCAGCGAACCCUUCUAUUACUAGAACAUAUGUGGCGAAUGCCUCUUGAGGAGGCUGGACCUUGGAAUAUAUGCCGGGCAAUGCAGCAGCACCAGAUCUGGAUCUCGUUUGCAUAAUGGUUGAUUAAACGUGGCUAUAUAUGUACAGUACAUCAUCAUUCAUGAACUUUCGCCGAGUAGCAGCGCAACUCUGCUUCUGUCUAUUGGGCCAAGUUCUUUGGUGCUUCAGUGGCAGAGCCCUCGGGAGUGACAUAAGCCUUCGUGAGACCGCCAUCGACGACGAAGUCCGCGGCGUUCACGAAACUACUCUCGUCGCUCGCCAGGAAGAU